CUCGAGUUCUCGACUUUGCUGAUUGGCCGCUCCCGGUCGCCGCUUUUCGCCUCCAUUCAGGCUUCGUACCUCUUCUCCUCCUCAACGCUUCACUUCGCACGUUCCACCCUCUUCAACUCGCAUUUCUAUACCUCGACUGGCCCAGGUUUGUUGCUGGCUCAGUCGCUUUCAUACAAAUCUUCUCCCAAGUUCUUUCAUGCAAUCCGAGCCUACUGCCGUUUCCGAGAAGACGUCUUUCCGAGAUUCACCCCCCGCGAAUACCAGUUCUACCCAGCAUGGAAAUGAUUCUGAAGCCGGCCCAGUCUCUGGUCUUCUCCAAGAGAAGCCUGGAGACCCGGCAGCGCUGGACUGGUCGUCUCCCGCAAACAUUCACGCGGCCUUGAGCGAAUGCGACUCGAGCGAUGUUGCCUCAACCCCGCCCUCGGCUCAACGGGUUAGCCAGUAUGAGAAUGCUGGGUCUCCAGGCAGGAAAGGUGUAGACCUUGGACUUCCAGAUGUGGCUAGUGGACCGUCUAAACUUCCUUUGGAAACCCUACCGAAUGAGGUUCUUACCCACAUCUUGUCGCAUCUUCCACCUCAAUCUCUUUCGGCGAUCACCUUGGUAUCCCGUCGUUUCCAUGCACUCGUGACGACCCCGCAUGCCUGGAGAAUCGCUUUCUCGCGGUUCUUCCCCGGCCCUCAAAGCGUGGUGGAUGCGCGCCGCUCAGAUCAGGCUGACCUGGCGUCGGAUAGACGGUAUUUCGCGCGGCUGACGGCGCUCGCAUCUUGGCGCAGUGAAUACAUUCUCCGUACUCGUUUAAUGCGAUCGCUAUCACGAGGCAGGCCGGCUGACUUCCAGCCCUCCAAAAAACAUGGCACCGUUCGCGCGGCAACGUCUCGCAAUGGUAGCGCGGUCGCUACAUACACUUCGCAGCUGGUGCUCCCUGUGAGCCAUAUACAUGGCUCUUUUAACAGCCCUGAUAAAGAGCCGAAGUUCAUCCAUGGCGCUUCUGAACAGGGAAUCGCCUCGGCGAGUGACCCCUCGACUGUGAAAGUGAGCACCUGGGGAUUAGCAGAUCACCAGAUGUUCCGGCACUUUGCAGAUAUGUUCCCUGGAGAUGCACCGUAUGGUCUUGGGGCCGGGGACAUGGUCGGCACGUCCAACUCCAUGGAUGUGAGCCAACCCUACGGCAUGAUCUAUGGUGAGGGUUGUCCGCAAGGUCGCAGCUACUUCAUCUCAACUACGGAGCAGCGCGGCCGGUUCUUGGGGCUUUCUGACUUGGGCUCUCACCCCAAGCUUGGUAUUCCCGCUGUGAACAUGAUCCACCAUGCAGUGUGUUCCGUGUGGAUUGCCAAGUCCGCUUCAAUACUCAAGACGACCUCAGGUAUUAUUGGUAUGAUGUCUGGCUCUUCUUCCGGUGUACUCACCGCGUAUGCGCUGGGUCCUCAUCCUACAUACGAGAGGCGGUACGAGAAAGGGCAGGUAACUGCCAGAUGGGUUUUGUGCCCGGGUGUGCCGAUCAUCAGCAUUGCUGUCGAUGAGAGCUACUCGCCGAGGCGUUACUCUCGCCGGCGCAUUUGGGCUGUUGCUUUGAAUGCGUUGGGCGAGAUUUUUUACCUGACGGAUAUUCCACGGUCGCAAGAGGUUUCACCAACGGCAAAAUUGACUGCUGAGCAGUUUGACGAGCUUGCCUGGAAGACUGGUCGUACGGUGCGCUGGGAACUUGUUGAAGCAAGUCGGCGCAUCGCUCGCCCAGACCCUUUCAACCGGGAACUCGUUGAUGGGAGCUAUACCCCCCGGUCCUCAUCAGAUGUAAUGCAUCUCGAUGAAAAUCAGAUCGCCGCAGAAACCAAAGAAAUCGAAAAGUUUCUUUCCUUCAAACCGAAGCAUUUCCGCAAAGUUUGUGAAGGCUGGAAUAUGCGGCGCGACCUACAAGUUGAUUUUGCAGGUGACGAUGGACGCGGAUCUGGGGAGUCGGUCAUUGUUGUCGCUCGAGGCGCUGAUGAGACCGAGAAAGCAUCCAUUCGACGAUACAUCCGAGCUGUGUCCAAUUCUGGCUUGAAAUCAUCACCGGGAACUCCAGGUCAGGAGCAACCUCGCUCUCUGUUCGGUGGUCCAGUUGGUGCCUCAACUCCGUCCAGCAUUCCCGCGUCUCGAUCGUCGGGUCAGCUGAACGAAACGGUUGAGAACAGCGAAUGGAGGAUCUCAAACUUCGAGUUUGAUGAUCGCAAGUCAAUUGAAGUGACUACUACUGCCUUGGAUAGCUCUCUAUUCGCGACCGUCACUGCAGAGGAAGAUCCUCUUUUAGCAAUGUCUGGAAGCUCCUUUUCGUCUGCAACAUCCUCCCCAAUGCUGCCUCAUAUGGACCAGCCACGGACAGUUCUUGAAGUUCCAGGACAGCGAGCAAGAUACCUAGCUGUGGGAACGGCCACCGGCGCGGUGUACGUUUGGGACAUACGUGCAUUGCCAGCACAAAACCCAGACGUCAUCAAUACCAUCGCUCCGCUCAGGAUCAUUCAAACCGAGUCCCCCCAAGUAUCCUGCGUGGCACUCACAUCGUUAUAUUUGGUGCACGGUGGCAACGAUGGCCUCGUACAGGCCUGGGAUCCCUUGGCCUCAUCCACGCGCCCAAUUCGGACCAUCAAUUCUCGUUUCUCAUCCCGGGCUCGGCGUCGCCUGGUUCAAGCAGAAGCCACCAUGCACGGCGUUGGAAAUAAUUUUUUCGCUACGGGCGCCAUCUGCCUAGACCCAGAUCCAACGGUUCUCCGCGGUAUGGUAUCUCUCGGUACCCACCUCCGGUACUGGUCGUACAGUUCAUCUGGUGCCGAUCAGUACAAAGGUACCAAACGCCAACUUCGACGUGGUCUUCGCGGCAGUAACGGGGGCGGCAUUGGGCAACGCUUCACUCCUAGUGGACGCGGAGCAAUUCAUGAUUUCAUCGAAGAUGAACGCAAAGAGAUCAAACGACAAGAGAUCGAAGACGCUAAAGAGCGAGCACAUCUCAGCGCCCGUUUCGGCAUAGAUUUACUUGGUCCCGAUAUCGAUGAAGAACAACUUCUCCUCUACGCCCAACUUCUAAGCCAGGAAGCGCAAAGCGGAACAGAUGCGCAGAAGCGUGAAGAGAACGCUAUUGCAAGCUCUGUUGGCACUUCUAUUAGUGAUCCAGCCGGACCUAGUUCUUGUGGUUUGGAUGAUUUGUCGUCUUCUUCGUCGCCGUGGCAAAACGCCGCCGAUGACGCCGUGGAUGAUGAUUUGGCUGAAGCUAUUCGUUUGAGUCUGCUCGAUGAGAAGCCUACUGACUAUACCCCUCUGCCUGACUUGACGCCAUCUAUCCCGAUUAAAUAUGCGAAGGGUGUUAGACGGCGGUCGUUGUCACCGUCUCCGUCAGUGGCUGGCCCCGAGAGCAGUCAGCAGAAAGAGAUGGAUGAUCUUGAAUUUGCUAUUCAGCUUAGCUUGGCUGAGGAUCAAAGUCGUGAUGUCCAAGAGUGGGAGGAAUACCCUGCUCUUGCAUCGGGGCCCUUGUCCUCUUCUCAAUCUUCUGGGAAGGGCAAGGGCAAGGCGAGAGCGAUCUAG